AUGUACGGAGCUAUCGAUACUGAAGUAUUGCCAUCACCAACAGGAGUUGUGACAACGACUGAAUAUAAAGUUUACAGACGACGAUGGCUUUAUUUAAUAUGUAUAUGUUUAGCCAAUAUGUCGAAUUCUAUUCUAUGGAUUAAUUUUGCAUCUAUCGCUAAUUUAGCAAAAAGUUACUUUGAUGUUUCAUAUUCAUCUAUCAAUUGGCUUUCACUUAUAUUUAUGAUAGUGUGUAGUAUUUUUACACUACCAUCAACAUGGGCUAUUGAUAAGUUCGGCAUUCGAUUUGGAAUUUUAACUGGUGUUUCGUUGAAUUUAAUUGGCGGAUGUUUUCGUGUAAUUAGUACAUGGGGAUUCGUAUCUGUCAAAGGUCGAUAUCCGAUUGUUUUUAUUGGACAAUUUAUUUGCGCAUUUGCACAAACCUUCACAUUAUUUAUUCCAGCUAAAUUUUCUUUUAUAUGGUUUCCACACAACCAACGAACAUUGGCUACUAGCCUUUGUUUUGCAGCUAAUUUUUUCGGUGUUUUCAUUGGAACUGUUCUACCACCAAUUAUAGUUCCCCACGAAACUAAAAUACCUUUACUAUUAUAUCUAUCGUUGAUACCGGCGGUGCUUGCAGCAAUUUUAUCAUUAACUGUUCGAUCAUCAGAGCCACCGACACCUUCAUCUUUAGCUUCACGUGACGUCAAGGUUCCCUAUAAAUUAGUUUUUAAAAAACUUUUAAAAUCCAAAUCCUACGUCAUUUUAUUUUUGACUGUUGGUAUCGGUUUAUCAAAUAAUAAUACACUUUCGACAUUAUUACAACAAAUAAUGUGUCCGUUUGGAUAUGGUGAUAUUGCUGUAGGCUUAUGUAUUGGUUGUUUUAUUAUGUUUGGUCUCAUUGGUUGUAUUACAAUGGGAAUCGUAGCAGAUAAAACGCAAAAAUUAGAGGAAAUAACAAAGAUUCUAUAUUCGAUUGGAGUUAUUUCGCUGAUUUGUAUUGGAUUAUUCAUUAUUAAUGAAGUUAAAUCCUAUUGGCUCUACAUUGUUUUCGCUAUAGCUGGUUUUACUAAUGCACCAGUACUUCCAUUGAGUUUUGAUUUGAGUAUAGAAACAACUCAUCCUGUUCCGGAAGCGACGGUUUCUGGCAUUUUUAUGAUUGCCAGUCAAUUGGGGAGUAUUAUUGCGAUUAUUAUUUUACCGAAUUUCACGAGUGCACCAUCGGCUCAUCAAAUGGAAAUUCAACAGUGUGAAAUUCAAGAUGUAAAAACCAACGAUAUUCGGGAUUAUUCAGUUCCUGUAUAUAUUUUGGCUGUAUUUGCUGUUAUUCUAGUCGUUUGUUUUAUUUCAUUUUUUCAUUGUGAAUAUCGUCGACAGAAAAACGAUGAAGUGGAACAUGACCCAUUGGCUGUUAAUCUAGAUUCAGAAUCGACAUAA